CUUCGCUCAGGAUUCGACGCACAUUUUCUCCAGGGAAACUGAAAAUGACAGCAGUGAACUCCAGAGAAACGCCUCUGAUGGAGCUGUCUGCUGUGGCUCAGCAGCUUCCAGAAAACACGAACUGCCUGGCGUGUUCAGAGGACGGCAGGUACCUCGUUCUGGGUCACUCCCGUGGCCUUUCUGUGUGGUGCGCUUCGUCUUUCACCCGUGUAGCUGAGAGGCUGCAAGACAGGCUGGAAAUAACUCUCAUCCAGAUGACCAGGAUGGCUGAGAGGACGUACCUGCUUGGCACUGUUGAUGAUAUGGGUGUUGCCAGAGUGUUUGCACUUUAUUCAAAUGGCAUCCACCUUCUCAGUGUCAUCAACGUUAUGGAAGACGUCAACAAACGAAGCAUUUGUUUGACGUUUGAGCUAUAUGAGGGGGGGCGUUACGGAGCUGCGUCAUUCAGCUGCAACAGUGCCGCGUGGCUCAAGGUCCUGCAGUUUCCUUUAGCAGCGUGGCUGAAAGAGUUAGAGACGGCAACAUCACAAAAACAGCCUCAGGACCAAAACGUAUCUGAAGAAAUGGGUGUCAAAUGGUCUCCGGUGACAGUGAUGAACAAAAUCACCCCUUAUGAAGUCCCAUCAGGGAGAACAGGGAACAAUCCACUCGGGCCCGGCCGUACAUCGGACUACUUCACACACUGCUUGGCUCUGGACGUCAUCAGAGGCAGCAGCCAUCAGAGAGGGAAGUUAUCUUUCUGUGCAGAUGCUGGUCAAACAAAGGAGACACGUGGAAGCUCAAGGAGUUGUACUUCACACUUUCUCCUGCCUUGUGGAGGGUUUUCUGGUGUCAGUAAAGCAGAUUUUCAGUCAGGUUUGCCUGUUGCUGUUGCUGUGUGGUGGACUGGGAGCCAUAAUCUCCUCCAGUAUUCACUCCAAAACGCUCCAAAGAACAAACCAGAUAUGGCACCCCUACCAGACGUUCUGUGGCCGAAUGCGAAGGAAAUUGUCUGCUCGUCUGUCAGCAGGUGCACCCGGUACAUAGGUCUUGGGCUUGAAGAUGCUGUGGUGUGUAUCUGGGACAGGCGAUCCGGAGCACCACUUAACAUCGUCUCAGUGCCAGCAGAAAACAGCGCCCUCCUCAGGAUGGAGAUAGAGACUAACUGGACCACAUCAGUUCACAAGCCUCAGGUUUUCACUGCAGAACCUGUCCAGGUUUUGGUGUUGUGUAAAAAUGGAGUCAUUUACACGAUCGAUGCCGGACAAUGGGUGGAGUCCUGUUCCGUGCAGCUCACUGAAAGGCCCAAAGACAGCAGAGAUCUCCCAACUGUCAUUAUGUCAGUGCCUUUUCUAAGAGCUGUGAUGCUCGUGGUUCAAAGAAAUGGAAAAAUGUUCCUCCAAGAUGUCAUCAACAAAACCACGGUGUGUUCCUUGACUCCUCCUGUAUCCCAUCGAAUCGCUUCUCCCUGCAGCCCUGUUUACGCACUGAACACCAAACAGCAAGUCCUUUUCAUACGAGGCGACCAGGAAACCAGCUGCAGUGAUCCUUCAAACAAAAGCYGCCAGAUUCAGCUGUUUGUUUUCAGGUUUGAGCAGUCUGAAAUCAUCCGGCGGUAUGUUGUUUCACAGCCAGACUCCCCUCAACAAUCAACACUCUGCUGUCAUACUCUGGAGGAAACCCUCAAUCUCUACCUUCAGCAGAGACUGCUGUCUGUGGAUGAGAGGAAGAAAAWUUUAGAACAAACAUGGAAGAGACUACAGGAAACUGCAGCGACGAUGCAACGAUCGCAAGGCCACGAGCAUCUGAACUGAGAGAAAAGACUGGUUCUGCAGAGGUACUACAGAAUAUAUUGAUUUAARUGGUUUUAGUAUCUUUUAGAGAAACAAGUCUGAUUUAAAUUCAGAAUUUUUUCCAAGUAUCAUAGUUUAACGCGGUGCAGACCAGUACGUGUUUAAACAGGAAACUGCUGCUGUUAUUGAAUUUGUAAUAUCAGGUUCAUCUUCACCUCACCAUCAGAUUGUGCUGCAGCGUCUCGGAGGAAUAUUAACAGACGCAGGUUUUAAUAUGAGGCCUCAUUUGAAUUUAUAAUAAAUGUUCAUAAAGCUCUACAGAGAGCCGCUGCCAAAGGCUCCUUUAUCUUUAAAGUGAUAUGAGGGUGUUUUAUUCAGAGCACUCCGUGUUUACUGUCAGCUUCAUUAAAAUUUAGCUUCCGCUGAAGCCAGACAUAAACUGUUUUGAACUGUGAGCUUAUUUUGUUAGAAACAAACAGAUGAAUUUAUUAAAGUGGUAAAUACAUUUCAGUAACACAUAUCAACCAUUUUCCUAUUUCCUGUUGCUAAGGAGUAAAGGAUGGGAGCUCAGGUGGUUUUUCAGUGUAUCUGAUCAGUUGGCUCAGCUCAAAACGUCAAACAAAUAGCUGGUUUAUCAGUUUUUCAGUUAAACUAAUAUCUCUGUGGGCUGCAGCUGCUGGCGACCGGUCGAUGGGCGUCAUUUGUUAGAGUCUCCAGAUCGACCCGCAGCGUUCCGUUCGUAGUGGUUCUCGGUUUGUGAGUCGCAAAGCCUCACAAACUUGUUGAUUUGUGUUUGAACGUGUUUAAAAUAAUUUGUGUAGUUUGUUUUUUCUCAAAAAAGUGCCGCCAUUGCCCAUUCUGGGCAUCUUCAACCUGCACAAAGUGUUGAUACUAAAUAAUAUGAAAUAAAAGUUUGGUUCAAAUC